AUGCUGGCAGUGUAUGUGGACGACAUGAUUAUCACUGGUAAUGAUGAGGGUGAGAUUGCAUUAUUGAAGAAGAGGUUGAGUAAGGAGUUUGAAGUGAAAGACUUGGGGCAACUCAAAUAUUUCCUUGGGAUUGAGAUAGCUCAUGGUGUAGAGGGGAUUGUCUUAUCUCAAAGGAAGUAUAUGCUGGAUUUACUUACAGAGACAUGUAUGCUUGGGUGCAAGCCUUUGGUGGCCCCGAUCGAUCAAAAGUCUAAGCUAAGUGCUGAGGCAGGAGAGCCAGUUGAUAAGGAGAGGUACCAGAGGUUAGUUGGUCGCUUGAUUUAUUUGAGCCACACUCGUCCUGACAUCUCCUUUGCGGUGAGUGUGGUGAGUCGCUACAUGCAUGACCCUAGGGAGGGUCACAUGGAUGCGGUGUACCAGAUCCUGAGAUACUUGAAGAGUGCACCAGGCAAGGGGGUGAUCUUUCGCAAGAAUGGGCAUUUGAGUAUUGAGGGAUAUUGUGAUUCAGACUGGGCUAGUUGUGCCGAUGACAGGAAGUCCACGUCUGGAUAUUGCAUAUUUGUAGGAGGCAAUCUGGUCUCCUGGAAGAGCAAGAAACAGUCGGUAGUUGCGAGAUCCACAGCCGAGGCAGAGUACAGGGCUAUGGCUUUAGGUGUUGCAGAGAUGAUAUGGUUGAGAGCUCUGUUGGUGGAGCUCAAAAUGGACCAAGAGGCACAAAUGAAGCUGUGGUGCGACAAUAAGUCAGCUAUUAGCAUUGCUAAUAACCCUGUGCAGCAUGACAGGACCAAGCAUGUAGAGAUUGACAGAUUUUUCAUCAAGGAAAAACUGAAUAACGGACUACUUAAACUAGGAUAUGUAACUACUAGAGAGCAAGUGGUUGACUGUCUCACUAAAGGGCUUAGUUCGUUAGAAUUGUCGAGACUAUGUGACAAGAUGGGCCUUGUGGAUAUCUUUCGUUCGUAG